GCUCUCAUCAUGGCACAACCGUCCGCGAGCCGACAGAAAGUGGUGAUUGUGGGUGCUGGGCCGGUGGGGUCGCUGGCGGCUCUCUACGCCGCCGCCAGAGGCGACCAGGUUGAAGUGUACGAGUUACGCGGAGAUCUGCGUGAUCCAAGUACCAUCCCUCUGAACUUCACCAAGUCCAUCAAUCUCGCCCUAUCCGAACGUGGCAUCACUGCCAUGCGGGAGUCCCACCGCGAGGACCUCAUCAACCGGGUCCUCGCGGAUGCGAUCCCCAUGCACGGACGGAUGAUUCACGGUCGAGACGACGGCAAGCUCUGGGAAGCCGCGCAAGCCUACGAUGUCCACGGCCGGGCCAUCAACGCCGCCGACCGGGGCACUCUCAACAACGCCCUCCUCGAUGAGCUAGAAAAGACGCCCAAUGUCCAGCUUUUCUUCAAUCACAAGCUCACCGGAGCCGACUUCCGGACCAACAAGGCCUGGUUCGAGCGUCGCAUCCCCGGCGACUCGUCCGACGACGUCACGGAGAUUGAAACCUCCUUCGACUAUCUCAUCGGAGCCGACGGCGCCCACUCCGCCUCGCGCUACCACAUGAUGAAGUUCGCCCGAGUCGACUACCAACAGGAAUACAUCGACGCGCUCUGGUGCGAGUUCCGGAUCCCCCCCUCCCCCACCGGCGACUUCCGCAUCUCCCCCAACCACCUGCACAUCUGGCCCGGCAAAGAGUUCAUGUUCAUCGCGAUCCCCUCCGCCGACAAAUCCUUCACCUGCACCCUCUUCGCCCCCGCCUGGUACUUCGAGCAACUCAAAACCCGCUCCUCCGAAGACCUGCACGAACUCUUCGACCACAACUUCCCCGGCGUCUGCCCGGACCUCAUCUCCCCCGAGGAUCUCUCCCAACAAUUCACCACCAACCCACACCUCCCACUCAUCAGCCUGAAAUGCAAACCCCACCACUUCGGCUCCAGCGUCGUCAUCGUCGGUGACGCCGCCCACGCCGUCCUCCCCUUCUACGGCCAAGGCCUCAACGCCGGACUCGAAGACAUCCGAAUCCUCUUCAAUAUCUUUGACCAACACAACGUCUACGACGAAUCCGCCAGUCCCGAGACCCGCGAAGCCGCCCGUCGUGCCGCCCUCCAAGCCUACACCAACCAACGCACGGCCGACACCCACGCCAUUAACGACCUCUCCAAGCAAAACUACCUCGAGAUGCGCUGGGGCGUCAAAUCCCCCCUCUACAAGCUGCGCAAGUCCGUCGAGGAAACCCUAGACCGCUACGUCCCGAGCCUAGGCUGGCAAACCCAAUACGCCCGCGUCAGCUUCAGCAAUCAGCGCUACUCGGAGGUGAUCCAAGCGGUCAGCAGACAGGGCAGGGUACUGGGCAUUGGCUUCAGCUCCGUACUAGUAUCCGGACUAGCAGCUGUCGGCAUCCUGAUGUGGAAAUGUCCGGAUCGGUUCUCGUUGACCUCCGUGGUGCGGACCUCGUGGCAGGCUGUGAGGGGUCUGUGGAUGAAGGCUUUCUGAUCAUGGUACAUGAUCCACGUACAUAGUUCCUACUGUAGUACAUAAAGGCGAGUUUGUAUCACUAGCGCAAAAUUCCUUUUCUCAUCUCCC